AUGGCAGACCAGGAGAAGCAAUGUAGGAUUUGUCUCGAUGGCGUUGACGCAGAACCAGAGCUUGGCCGCUUGAUUCGCCCCUGUCUUUGCAAGGGGUCUAUUAGUUACGUGCACGUAAAAUGUCUCGAACAGUGGAGAAAAACAUCAUCUUCACAGAGUGCAUUUUUCGCCUGCCCUCAGUGUCACUAUGAGUACCGAUUUGCAAGAACACAAAUUGUCGGCCUGGCAGCCAACCCCAUCAUCGUAGGAGGCAUAUCUGGUCUUCUUUUUACCAUCAUCGUCAUGAUGGCAUCGUUUAUAACAACAUUCCUAAUGCCUGCUUUCAACCAUCCUUCCGAGGAUAACUUCUACUUCUUUAUAAGCCCUACCCAAGUGGCCAGUGAUCUGAUAGCAGCAGCCUUUCGUAUAAUACGAGACGGUGAAUUUGAAGACAUACCCGAGGACCCAUCAUGGUUUUGGUCCCCAAAAGAUCCACUGGAAGAUCUCGUUGCCCCACAAGCACCAGGCAUUGUUCGGCGAUUUAUUCGUAGAUUCAUCCUCGGAUUGCCACUCGUGGGGGCAGCUUCGCUAGUGCAAAUGCUGAUUUCCGCCCCUUUCAUCGGUCCUGUUCAAUGGAUAGCCCGAUACAGAGGUAACCGCAGAAACCGAGACUCAAAAGAUAUUGCUGCUGUAAUCGUGGUCAGCCUACUGAUCAUGGGAGCUUUAAGGGCUCUUUAUCAAGUGUACCGAUUCACUCAAAAGUUGACAAAACGUAUUCUUCUGAGGGCAGAGGAUGCCAUAUUGGAAGUCAAUUAA